AUGGCCACCCCGGGGGUGGCUCCCGGGCCCUACCGGGCCACCAAGCUGUGGUGGAAGUACUGUCAGUGGAAUGAAGUUACCACCCACUUCCGGGCAGGUAUGCCUCUAAGGAAACACAGGCAACAUUUCAAACGGCACGGCAACUGUUUUACUGCCUGCGAAGCAGUGGAUUGGCUCUGCGAACUGUUAAGGAAUAAUAGCAAUUUCGGCCAAGAAGUUACAAGGCAGCAAACUAUUCAGCUGCUACGUAAGUUUCUCAAGAAUCACGUAAUCGAAGACAUCAAAGGUAGAUGGGGAUCUGAAAAUCUCGAGGACAACAGUCAACUCUUCAGAUUUCCCACAACCUCUCCACUUAAAACUAUUCCACGGCAUCAUACAGAACUGAGAAAAAACAGCACCGAGAGUAUUGCUAAAGAAAAGGAAAGUCUUUUUAAGCUGCGAAAUUUCUCCCGGCGAACUCCUAGAAAGCAUGAAUUGCGUGCAUCUCAGGAAUAUCGAGAAAGCAUGAAAUGUGAAACAGAAGAGAAUAAGGAAAACCCAAUAGAUAGAAGGGAAAUAAGUCAAGCAGAUGUUGAAGAAAUUUGGAGACAUAUUAUUCUGAUACACUUACAAACCAUUUUAGGUAUACCAUCUUUAGAAGAAGUCUUGGACCCAAGUCAAGUAAUACCUCAACAUAUAAUGUAUAACAUGUCCAGUACAAGUAAACACGGAGUCGUCGUGCUGCAGAACAAAUCAGAUGAUCUUCCUCACUGGGUAUUGUCUGCAAUGAAGUGCCUUGCGAAUUGGCCAAGAAAUGACAUGAGCCAGCCUACUUAUGUUGGAUUUGAACGAGAUGUAUUCAGAACCAUUGCUGAUUAUUUUUUAGAUCUUCCUGAACCCCUACUUACCUUUGAAUACUAUGAACUUUUUGUGAAUAUAUUGGUUGUCUGUGGCUACACAGUUCCACAGAGAUCCAGUGGAAAGCAUGAAACCCAUGAUCCACAGUCUUCAAAAUCCCUUCACUUAAACAAUAUGAAUUCUUUCAAAUCCACGGAAUGCCUUCUCUUAAGCCUGCUUCGCCAAGAUAAAAACAAAGAAUCAGGUUUACCUGAAACUCUUCAAAUCCAUGACAGACAGCCCAAAAGUUGUGCUAGGAAAUUGCGGCAAUUCAACUCAAGACCCAGAAGAGCCAGUGCUAACAAGAUAAUAGGAGGAAGCUGUCAGAAUCUUGCGAGUUUAAGGAAUGAACAGACUCAACCAUCCCAUUUUAGGCCAAGAUGCUACUCCUUGGAAGGAAUUGCCGAUUCUCCAAAGUUAGGCAUGAGUGAAGUCUCUGACGUCCUCCCUCGGCCCGAUCUUGGCGAAACAGUCCGGCAAAAUGAUGCGGACCUCCCAGAUUCCGAAACAACAGGCGGAUCUGGCUUAAAUCAUGAUGUGAGGAGGAUUAGCCCAAAGCCACCCAGUCUUGGUUUUAAGAGAACCUCCGCUUUGACUGUCCAGAAUCAAGAGGAGUUGUGUGAAGGGAAAUGCAAAUCCAAGCAACUUUGCAGGUCUCAGAGUUUGCUCUUAAGCAGUAAUGUCAGAAAACGCUGUCACAUCAAUACACCAGUUGCUGAGAUUACUGUACUACCAAACUCUGUAGGUCACCUUGGAAGAACCACAAGUGUGUCCCCAGUAACUGAAACUGACACCGAAGAUUCCCGUAUCACAGUCCAUAAAAGAAUCUGCAAAAGUACUCUAGAACUUUCAGGGAGCUGUCCUCCUCCAGCUUCUAUGUUGACUGGCUCGCAAAGUUUGCUGCAGCCUCAUUUGGAGAGGGUGGCCAUCGACGCACUCCAAAUCUGCUGCUUGUUACUGCCUCCACCAAAUCGUAGAAAGCUUCAACUUCUAAUGCGAAUGAUUUCUCGUAUGAGCCAAAACGUUGACAUGCCACGACUUCAUGACGCAAUGGGAACACGAUCUUUGAUGAUCCAGACUUUUUCUCGAUGUGUGCUCUGCUGUGCUGAAGAAGUAGAUCUUGAUGAACUCCUUGCCACCCGCUUAGUUUCUUUUCUGAUGGACCACCAUGAGGAAAUCUUGAAAGUACCAUCCUAUUUGCAAGCUGCUGUGGAGACUCACCUGGACUACCUAAAAAAAGGCCAGAUUCAGUAUCCUGGUGAAGAAUUGAUUGCUGCUUUGCCAACCUACUCGUACUGCAAGCAGAUAAGUGCUCGGGAGUUUGAUGAGCAAAAAAUCUCUACCUCUCAAGCCGCAGUCGCUGAACUGUUGGAGAAUAUUAUUAAGGACAAAAGCUUGCCUCUAAAAGACAAAAAGAAGAGACUAAAACAGUUUCAGAAGGAAUACCCUUUGAUCUACCAGAACAGAUUUCCCACCACAGAAAGCGAAGCAGCACUGUUUGCUGACAAACCGACAAUCAAGCAACCCAUGUUGAUUUUAAGAAAGCCAAAGUUCCGUAGCUUAAGAUAUUAACUGAACUAAAGAAUCCAUUCUGGUCUGAAUCCACACAACAGAGCUCCAUGCGGUGCCAAGCUGACAUUAAUGAGGCCUCUCUCGACACAAACGAGAAGAAUGCCUUUGGAGUCAAAAAAUCAUUAGCCAACGCCUGCUCUGGGAAGUCUGACCUCAGCAAGUCCGUCCGAUUGACCGAUAGCAUUUUUAGGCAUCCCUUGUCCUCGUUAAGUGAACCGUACUCUUCAAACACCUGGAAAAUCGAUGUCAGCGGAGCAGUCGGAACCAAACUCCGAGCAGAGAUGCUCUGUCUACACCAGCUGCUGAGCUCUAUACUGCCAUAUUGUCACCAAAAGUGUUGUUAGCCAAUCCUCCUAAUGUCAGUGGCUAACAUGAAAUUUUGUUAGCACCGCUGAAAAACGCAACCGGGCCGGAACAGAACCGGUCAGCGGGUAGGAUGGUGCCGGGGUGCAAGAUCACUUUAUUUUAAGGGUGACGCGUCCUCAAUGUUUACAGAUUGAAGAUGGUAGUUGACCCAGGCACUGGGUCUCCGCUGAAAGCGAAUGAAGAAUAAAAACAAGUUCAGUAGCACCAAAUUGCUGGGGAUCGAUAAGCAGUUCCGAGCAUUUUUAUGCAAGUGGCUGAGAAGGAGCCACAGUGACAUGCUUGAACUUCCUUUUCAAAAUGUUGUUUGGACAUCAAGAUUCAAGUGCAAUUCUGUUUCUACAGAAGCAGCAAAGUUUCUAUCUUUAAAUGCCGUAAGAGAAUCCUUCCUGGGUCUACAAUAGUGGACCAGGCGUUUCCACUCCUGUGGAUGUCGGGGGUCUAUUUAGAUAAAAAGCAAAUUCAGUCGAUAUUUAUUGAGCACUUAACUGUGUGCAGAGCACUGUACUAAGUGCUUGGGAGUGUACGACAGAAUUGACUUGCAUGACUGCUAGCCCCCAGUGCCAAGGAUACUUUUUAGCUCUGCAAACUCCGUGACAUUCAUUCUGCUCUGCAACAUUUUGCACUCUUGUAUGUUCCUGUUCUGAAUUUUGUCUAUGUAUGUGCAUGUGUUUAAAUUUAAUGUCAUUUACGCUUCCCCGGUAGGAGUCGGCACAUUCUGAACUCAUGUUUUUAAAACACUCAUCUAAUGCCUAGUUUGCAUACCUGCUAGUGUUGUAUUUAGCAUGUUAGACCGUAUUAUUAGAAGUUUGUCUAUGCAAGAAAUGAGAGCUAGACUCCAUGUCAUCCACGUUUUGUCUCUAAAUUAACUGAACGUAUUUAAUGUAAUUUAAUCAAAUA